AUGGCGCAUACCAUUGCUCGGGUUCUCUCGGAGACCUCUUGCUACAAUGACAAUACUGGUAUUGAACUUCUAAUUCUUCUGCUUCAACCUGCCAAUGACAGAAAUAACAAGCCUAUAUCAUCAGGCAUGCCUCAGGGACAACUUCCUAAUGCAAGAAAGGAAAAAACAAGUGGUGUUACUGUCUACGCCAUCUCUGCAGGUUUUGUACAUACUUCAGUAUCUAAGAAAGAGAUUCUGAAGCUAAGUGGCUGCCUGAGUCCCAGCUGUGUGAAGUGUGUGCAAACACCCAAAUCCCAUAACCCGCAAGCAGUGCGUAAGAAAAAGUGGUUCACUGAAGAAGGACUUCGCGUGAGUUCACAGAUGCCAGGAUGCUUGACCAAAACUGAGCGGUUGAUGAGAAGUGCGGACAGGGCAAAGAAAGACCAUGGAAGAUGCCGUGUUCCAGGAAUGUAUAGAGUGCCACUCACACCAGGGUCCCUUGAAUGGGCUUCUUUAGCGCUGCGCAGAGACCAAGGUUUGGCCUUCAGAUGCCUCCGGGGGCUGGCUGGCCGCCCUGCGCAGCCCCGCCCUGCCGGCUGCUGGGCGCGUGGCACUAAGCGAGCAGGGCAGCCAAGUCCCCAUCGCCGGCUGCCCAGCACCAGAGAGCAGCACGAGCCAGCCAGGAGCCUCGCGGCGCCGCCAGUCACUAGCAGCUCCAGCGGAUUAGAACUCGCCUCCGUGCUCCUCCCUGCAGUCCCAUUUAAAGUUAAGUCUGGCUUUAAGAAAAAGCUGAGUGGGCCUAGGUUCUGCAGCGCUUUCUUCUGCAAGAUGAACACCAUUCUGCCUUGCCAAGAUCAGUAUUUUGUAGGAGGCCAGAGUUAUAAUUGCCCGUAUUCCACUACGACGUCAGAAUCUGGUGUUGACGUUUCCAAGGAGACUUGGGUCUCUUUCUGGACUGCAGGUCUCCUGGACAACACUGAGCUCCAACAAGCACCACAAGUGCUGGACUCACCCUCUGAGUUAAGUUUCCCUGUUCUGGACGCAUGUUCAUGGGAAGAAGCUCAGCUCUCAUCUCAGCUCUACAGAAAUAAACAGCUCCAGGAUACUCUACUGCAGAAGGAGGAAGAACUUGCUAGGCUACAUGAAGAGAAUAAUCACCUCAGACAAUACCUGAAUUCCACUUUGGUUAAACGUCUGGAAGAGAAGGCCAAGAAAUUGCUGUCAUCAGAUGAGUUUUCCAAAGUGUUUGGGAAACUCAGAAAAGAGAAGAGGAAACCCAAAGAACACAGACACCCCCCUGCUGAGAUUCCCCAGUCCAAAACUGCCAAGAGAAACCUCUCCACGGAGUUUUCUAACUGUAAAGAACAACCUGGGCCCCAUGUGGACCCAUGGGUUCUUCAAACACUUGGGUUGAAAGACCUCAACACCAUUGAUGACACUCUACCAGCUAACUACAGUGCCGCCGCCGCUGACUCUCAUCCCAGAGCAGUUCCCAGUAUUUCCUCCCAGUUUGUACAUGAUGCAGCUGGCUAUUCAAAUGUCCCCAGAGAUCUACACCUUGACUAUGUAGGUCAGGGAACUCAUGCCUCGAAUACCACCACCAUUCACCAGGAAGAUUGUCAUAGUUUUUCUAGGUUUUCUAAUACUCCAGUGAGGGUGCAGACUCUUCCUUACCACACUGCAGAUGUGUCACCCAACAAAACAGAGGUGGCCUUUUCCACAUCUUUGAGCCCUCACUGUAAUGUGAAAACUCAUUCCUUCCACCAAGGACAAGCCUUUGUGCGUCGAGAUGAGGAGGGAGGUUGGAAGUUUACCUGGGUCCCUAAGCAGACCUAG